AUGAAGCUGGCGGCUCACAUCAUCAAGGCCAUCCUCGCCGUCUGCAUCGGACCGCUGCUUCUGGCUCCCACUGUCUCCGCUAGGACCUCCUCGGCCUUCGCCGACGCCGAAAACUCGUUCUACGACUACAGCGGCGAUGAAUUUGAACUAGUCAAGAAUUUCGACUUCAAUCAGUGCGACUACAACACGUGGAUGUGCUGCUGGGACGGCAGGAAUGGACUAGCUGUAAAAGACAACACGGAUGUCUGCAGCUACAGAGGCGAAGAGUUCCCCGGGGAUUCCGAAGGGCCUGUGCACUGCCACGGGUUUGUGUGGCCUGAGAACGCGAGCGACGACUUCAUCAAAUAUUUGGCGCUGGACGUCGCUUUCAUCAACCACGUGGACGAGAAGGCCUACACCGGAAACAUUCCGGGGGCUCCAGUGUGCCACUGCUUGGAAGAGAUGCCAGAGGUAUCUCGGGCCGAUUGCACCCAGUACAGGAAAGCUAAUCUGGCCGGAAGCGACUUCAUGGCGUGCUCGAAAAACGAUCUCAGGCGCGCGUACAAGGAGUUGUACCCGACUGGUCGCGGCCGAGACCUACUUGUCAAAAAGUGUGACAACCGUUACGGUAUGUAG